AUUCUCAGCUGAGUUUAACACUUACCAGCCAUGGAAUUGAAGAUUUUGUUCAUCACAAUCUUGUUUCUUGGGGCCAGUUUAGCAUUUUCUCUGCGAGAGAAGCUGGAAGAUGCUCCAAAUGAAUAUGAAGCUCAAGAACUCGAGGAAAUGAACAACGACGGACCAGAAUAUGAUCUGGAAGACCCAACCAAAGGUCGUUUGCCAUUCUGCCCAAAAGGCUAUUUCCUAAAGUGCUUUGUAGUCAAAUACUGCUAUCGUUACUUACGCCUUUGUCGUUGUAUUCGAUAUAAAACGAAAUAUGGGGACGAGACUGAAUUUGACAAUCAAUCGAAUGGGGAAAUGCUUGAAAGUCCAGAAGAUGAAGCGGAGAACUUUGAUGAAACCAUUGAGGAACUUGAAGAUCCAUCAAGGAAAGUUCCCAAACCUAGACCUCACAAAUGUUCAAAGAAGUUGAUCCGAAAAUGCUUCCUAGUUAAAUAUGGAAAAAGUAAACGAGUUGUUUGUACUUGCGUCCCACCUUGCCCUUAUAAGGGAUGAGACUGACAACGACAAUAACCGACAGUCCCUAAGUAUUGAUACGUCCCAUGAAAAGGACUGGACGCCCAACGAUGCUUUAGUACUAAGUAAAGUUAAAUUCCAAAAGAGCGAUAAUUAGAAGCCAUUGCAAUAGUAAUAAAAGCAUUGCAAUAAAACUAGGUUUCCGGUAAAAUACACUUUUGUUCGGUCUUGUCUCCUGUGUCUUCGUCCAUCGAUACGUUUUAAUAAUUUUAUGCUGUAAUUUUUGCUACCUUUGAGGCACCUCUUAUUUAACGUGAGGAGGAAAUAUUUCCUGUAUUUCUUUGGUGUGUGUCUAUAUCUCUCGAAGCUUGAUGUUGAAAGGCAGUGAAUUCUCGAUUUUUUUUCGAUAACUUGCUAGGCUAUAGCAGAUAAACCUCGGGACCCCACUUUAAAUCUCCAAUGAACAGGCAUGAAGGACAUUUCCACGUCCAAGUCCACUUUCGCCACAGUCUAUCAAUUCCUGGCAACUAAUUGAUUCUGUUUUAAUGCGCCAUAGACCAUUUGAAUAAUUGGCGCCAAAAUUUGAAUAACAAUACCUAUACAUCCUAAGCCUCACAUUCAUGUGAAAAACACUUUGUCUGGAAAUAUAAGAACGAGGCUAAUUAAGGAUGUGCGCAGUAUUGUUAUUGAAAAUUAGGCGCCAUUUAUGCAAAGUGUCUCUCAUAGUAGUGUUAACUAGCAGAGAUUGGUAGUAUUGAUCCAUCGAAGUGGAAGAGCUGAAAAAUUGUUGUGAGAAACCUGAAUUGUGCAAUGGCCUGUCAAUAUCAAUAUUUUCAAAGUUUAGAGAUAUUUAUUUCCCUUGAACAGAAAGCUAAGUGCUUGAAAGCAACCGUAUGAUUCACACAUUACUUGUAUAGGCAAAAGUUGUGCGCAAGCUACUUGUAAACUGAAACAAAUGAUUAAUGUGAGUAGUCUUAUCAGCUCUAUUACAGCCAAAGACCACGCUUACAAUGUAGGCCAUUUCACUUGACGUCAUCGUGUCACGUGCACUUGAAUGGAUUCAACAACCCUAACCGUAACCCGUUUGUCAUGAUGACACAUGACGAGUGAUUGACAUUGUUAUAGCAAGAACGAGUCACGUCAGAAAAGUUAUACCACACAGAGUUCAACUCUGUACUUACCGAAAACCGUCAAUAUUUUUUCUUUUUUUCUUUUUACUUCGUGACUACAAAGAGCGAAACAAUCUUUAUUAUUUCUUUGGUUACUUAUGUAUUUAAUCUAUCUACACACUGAUUUGAUUUCUGGCCAGGGCUAAAUAUCCAUUUUU